CUACACCUAUGAAAGAAUUCGUGAACAUGGCUUCUCUACUCUUACCUCGAAGUCAAUCAUCUCACUUUCACCUUCACCUUCACCAUAAGCUGGAUAUGAUGAAGGACCGAAUUCAAUUCACCAUCCUUCUCAUCCCCGCUGAUCUUCGCUGGUAAUUUCACUUCACCUUCACUCCGAGCAACCCAUCCAGGAUGAGAUAUAAAUACCUGACUCCAGGACUUUUCCAUCUCAACACACAUCCCGCGAACCUCGACACCACGGCUUCAAUAUCUCACGAUGGAUACCAACACCGUCUCAGCUGAUCUGCCAGCUACUUUCAAUGAGCUGAAGGCGCGACAGAGGCGAGAGAUCGAACAGCUCGCCUCGAAGCACAGCGCCGAAGUCUUGGAUCUGCACAGCAAGCACCGUAAGGAGUCUGUCGCGUUCACUAACAAGAAGGCCGCAGAGGCGGCAUUCCCUCACAAAGCAGCUCUGGAAUCAGCAAAGGGACCAUCUGCAGCAACAAUCAGGAUUAAUUCCUCGCCAAAGAAACCUAUCCAGUUCACUUCGACCGAGCUCAAGUUCGAGGUUCCGGUUACUACUCGUGACAAGUUCGCAAAAGGACGAGACGUUUAUGUUCCAGAGGGCACCGGGAUCAUCGACCUUUUGAGUGAUGAUGACGACGGCAUACUCGAGAUUACCACAAGCUCCGCAAGUGGUGCCGUCAUCAGCCCAGGAAGCACUUUGGGCUCGGUGGAGUUCCUAUCGCAAAUUGCAACAGCAAUCAAAGAAAUCCCGAGCACCACGAAUGAAGUCGAUUCACCACCAGCAAGGACACCCUGCACACCCAGCAGCACUGGUAGGGCAGACAACAAAGUCUCAGUCCCUACACCAUCGACUCCUCCUAAGCCCCGUUCACCUGGCAAAAAGGUGAUCACCCCGGAUAGACGAACACAGAUCCCACACAAUGAAUUCCGUAGCUAUCAGUUCGAUCGAUCCAAUAUUGUGAAGAACCCAACACAAUACUCUUAUGGACUUCGAUUGGCUCUUGAGCAGCCAGCUCAAGUAGCCCAGAUGUUUAAAGAGUCUCCUGUCGGCGAAGAACACUUCCAACAGGGACCCAACGUAAAGCAGACGGUGACUCAAAAGAUACAAGGCACCAAAGGCUUUUCGGCGUCAAGGACCCUAAAAGAAAAUCCUCAGAAACGUCAGUCGCGAAGAGUUGCUCCGAUGACGCCUCCUCCGGCACUUUCCCUGGGUGGCUAUCCUCUCACGCCUCCAACUUCGGGAUCCGGAGCAGCGUCUUUUACACCAGGCAUCAAGACAUCAACUUCAUCUAUCACGUCUCGUGCCCAAAAGAGCGCUUUCAUCUCACCAACUCAGGUAUCCCCUACGGCGUCCAAGGGCAACAAAAGAAAGACCAUCGGUCUCAGCGACUCGGAAGUUGAAUCAUCCAAACUAUCUAACAGCAAGCUUUCACCAAAGUCACCUCGCGGAAAGCCUACAGUACAAGUUUGAUCCGCAUUGUUGCCUACACCUCCGCAGACCCCUAUACUUGAGCUUCACAGCUCCUCUCCGCCGAAGAGCUUUGUUUCUUCCAGUGCGGCGCUUAGGGAGAAGCGCCAAUCCCAUCUCAAAGCGAGGAAGCAGAUCAAGAUCAUGGCUGAUGGAAAGGAUUCAAUCACAGAG